AAACAACCUUCAAUAAAAUUUUAAUUCCCCAUAACUCAUCAACAAGAUCAUGUUAUCAAAGAAAUCAAAAUCAAUACAAAAUCUAAGCCUAAAUAGUCCAAUUCCCAAUGGGAUAGGAGACUUAAAAAAUAAUGGGAAUCAAGAAGAAAUAAUUUUGGUUGAGGAGGAUAAUUUUAUGAUAAUAACACCAAAAGAAGGUAGAGAUAUAAUUCAUGAUUUAGAGGUAUUAAUAGAAUCAAUUGGAUUAAUUGGUGAUUAUAGAACUAAUCAAAAGAAAGAAAGCCAAAAUCUUGUACGUAGAAUUAAGUUAUUACAUCUUCUUAUACAAGAGAUUAAAGAGACUAAUGCUCCUCUUCUUGAUUCAACUCAUCUUUGUUUAUGUAAUUUGAGAAAAGCUCUUUUACAUGCUAAAAAAUUGCUAAAGACGUGUGCUAUGGGUAGCAAGAUAUAUCUGGCACUUGAACGUGAGGCAAUUACGCGUAUGUUCAAUUCUGUUAAUGCUAAAUUAAGCCAAGCUGUGGAUGAUAUUCCCUUUGACGAUCUCAACAUAUCAGAUGAGGUCAAAGAACAGACGGAACUGAUGGGCCUACAACUCAAGAGAGCGAAGAGAAGAACCGACACACAAGAUAUGGAGUUGGCAAUGGACAUGAUGAUUGUUUUUAGUAAAGAAGAUGGAAGGAAUGCAGACAUUGCUAUUAUGGAAAGACUAGCAACAAAGCUUGAUUUAGGGACACCAGAGGAACUAAGAGAAGAAACUAAAGCCGUAAGAAGACUUUCAAAGGACAAAAGAGCUGAAGAACAUAUGCAACUUAUCUUAGAUUUGCUUAACAAAUUCAAACAAAUUGCUGGAAUAGAUGAAACUAAUGCCAUGAUUAAUGAUGAUUCUGCUACAAAUAAGCCCAUAAAACCACAGACUAUCAAGAGUCCUAAUAUAGAAACCCCUCAAGAAUUUCUUUGUCCAAUCACUUUGGAAAUUAUGACUGAUCCUGUUAUUGUUUCCACUGGACAGACAUAUGAACGAGAAAGCAUCCAGAAAUGGCUAGAAUCAAAUCACAGAACAUGUCCAAAAACAGGACAAGUAUUAGAACAUCUAUCAAUAGCACCAAAUUAUGCACUAAAGAACCUGAUCAUGCAAUGGUGCGAGAAGAACAAGGUCGAAGUGAUGCGAAGAAAAGACGAUUCAACAGCAACAGCAACAGCAACCGCAUCUUCAGCUGAACACAAAUCGAAUGUAAUGACACUAAUUGAAAAUCUGUCGUCGUUUUGCGUGGAAGCCCAACGAGAAGCUGUCCAUAAGCUUCGAUUAUUGUCUAAGGAAAGCCCCGAAAACAGAAUCCUAAUAGCAGAAAGCCGCGGUAUUCCACCCUUAAUCGAACUUUUAAAAUCGAAAGACUCGAAGAUCAAAGAACAUUCGGUCACAACAUUAUUGAACUUAUCAAUUGAUGUUACUAACAAGAAGGUUAUAACACAAAAUGGUGCAAUUCCUACAAUUAUACAAGUCCUUUUGAAUGGUAAUGUAGGAGCUAAGGAAAAUGCUGCUGCAACUUUGUUUAGUCUAUCUAUGUUAGAUGAAAAUAAGGUCAUAAUUGGAUUAUAUGAUGGGAUUCCACCAUUAGUUAACUUAUUAGAAAAAGGCACGGUUCGAGGCAAAAGAGAUGCUGCAACCGCGCUUUUUAACCUGUGUUUAAACUCGAUGAAUAAAUCUCGAGCUAUUGAAGCUGGGAUUGUAACACCGUUAUUGGGUUUGAUCGAUGAUUCCGAGCUUGGAAUGAUCGAUGAAGCGUUGUCGAUUUUAUUGCUUAUUGCUUCUCAUCCUCAAGGAAGGCAAGAAAUAGGCCAACUUACAUUUAUACAAAGUUUAAUUGAGUUUAUAGGUGGUGAUGAUCAUGAUGUUACACCUAAGAAUAAAGAAGGGGCGGUUGCACUUUUGCUUGAAUUAGGGUUAAAUGGUGGAUCAUCUUUUUUGCUUGCUGCUCUUCAAUUUGGAGUCUAUGAGUAUUUGGUUGAUAUUUCUCAAAGUGGGACUAAUAGAGCUCAAAGAAAGGCUUGUUCUAUUUUGCAACUUAUGCGUCAAUAUGAACAAAUUCCUUGAUGAUAUACACUCUCGAGUCUGUUUAAGAAGGUUACAGGGUCAGAUGUAAGCAAUUUCACCUCUGUAUAGCGCAAAAAGAUGUUGAUAAUUUUUUGUUUAUUAUUAUUGAUUGUAAAAAGCAAGUAUAGCUUAGCUUGUAUAAAUAUGUUUAAUUAGAUCUUGA